AUGAGGAAAAGUUACUUGUGGGUGCUUUUGUACUUUGGAGCUUGGAGCUUGACCACAUCUGAAAUAACAACUGAGCUAGAAAAGCUAAAAAAUAUAAAGCAAGUGGUAGAAGUGGUGAUUUUUAAUUUGGAUUCUUAUAAGAUCUCUUGGGAGUAUGAAAAGCCAGAGGAUAAUUCAGAAAAAAUAGGACAGCUAGCAUUGGAAUAUCAUUUUGUCAACGAAACAAACUUUAAUGAGCAAUACUGGGAAUUUUGAAAAAAGUUCAGCAGGAAUGAAAUUCCGAUCGAAGAAUUUGCAAACAAAUUUCCUUGGGUCACCACAAACUACAACGUAUUUUUAUUACUAAACUCAUCAAAUUAUCUUGAACCGCACAAUUAUUUUGAUUAUUCAGAUCAAAUUUGCCAGGUAACUUUUUUCAAUUAUUCUAUUUUUGGAGACAGCAUCAUAAUUCAAGCACAUCCAUUGAUGAAAAUCCAUCCAUCAAGCAUUCAUUAUCUUUUUUCUACUAACUUCAUAAAGCGUUUUAUAUUUUUUUUAGAAAUGAAAUUCUAAAAUAAUUUUAUAAAUGAAAUAUUAAUAAAAACUAGAAAGAAAAGAAUAAGUAAAAGUUAAUCAGACUUUUUCCAAACUUACCUGUUCAGAAAAAUGUACAAGAUUAUACCUUAACUAUCGAUAAAAUUGCAGCUAAUCUCCAACAAAUAAAUGUUUGCGUAAUUUAGACUAUAGAAGAAGAUAUCAGCGCAAUCUUCUAAGACUAGAUUAGAUUAAAGUUUAGAUAUAGAAAUUUCCCUUAGAUGGCGCUGUUUGCCCUUGAUUUGCCCACUGAAAAAAUUUUUUGGUUCGACCAGUACUAUAUGGGUUUGGUCAAACCAAAAAAUUUUUUCAGUGGGCAAAUCAAGGGCAAACAGCGCCAUCUAAGGGAAAUUUCUAUAGGUAUUCGGGGUAAAUUAGAGCCCCUCUCGGCUAUCGCCGACUUCAAGCUCCUCGCCCUAGGCAUCUGUUCGCACUUACACUAUCGGGCAUCACAAAAAUGAAUGACGUCGCCAUCUCUUGGGGAAACACAUCCAAAUACUUCUUUGGACAACUCCUAGCAGCCGGCAUGAUCUAUUCGGCUAUAGGAGAUAGGACACGACCUCGAAUCCUCCUUCUGGUCCUCAUUACUCUUCGCAUCAAAAAGUAUGGAAUUGUCACAUUGACUCUGGUUUCCUUGCCUAUAGUUCGGGUAAAAAAACCCUGAUGUGGUAUCCGGUCAGAGAUAAAAAAAAAAUCCCGGAUGCAAGUUCCAGGCCCCAGCCCUCUUAAACCAAAAACCCAGAUUGUAUGGGAGAAGGACAAGUCGAUUAAGUCACUAUUUAUGUGUGUGUGCAGUCUUCUACGAAGAAUAUAAAGACUUCAAAGACGUUUGGCAGCAUAUUUAUGAAAAACUAUCAGCUUAUAAAGCAAGCAUAGAGAAGAAAAGACUGAAUAGAAUUCCAAAAAUCAUGAGUUAUUUAGAAAAAUACUCAGGGCUAAGCAGGGUUGCAAACAAAGUUAAGAUAGAAGAGCAAGAAAGCUACUUUUGGCAACUAGCUUGCUUAUUUAUAGUUUUAUUAGCUGAUAUCUCUGCAGUUUUUGGGAUUAUGGGCUACUUCAAACACAAAGAAAGCUCUUCAAAUAUUUAA